AUGGCUCAUGCCUCUCACACUUCAGAGGCAGCUGGAACAACAGGGGGCGGCCGCCUGCACUGGGAGCCCCACUGUCAGCAACCUUUGCCAGACAGAGUAUCCAGCACUGCAGUCCUCCCCCCACGCCUUGAUGGGCCCUGGAUCUCUACUGGCUGCGAGGUGCGUCCAGGCCCGGAGUUCCUCACCCGCUCUUACACCUUCUACCCCGACCGCCUCUUCCGAGCCUACCAGUUCUACUACACCGACCCCUCCUGCCAGGAACCUGCCCACUCGCUGCUCAUCAAGGGCAAAGUGCGCCUGCGCCGGGCCUCCUGGGUCAUCCGCGGUGCCACUGAGGCUGACUAUCACCUGCACAAGGUGGGAAUCGUCUUCCACAGCCGCAAAGCCCUGAUGGAUGUUGCCGGGCGCCUCAACUGGACCCGGGCUGGGCGGAACUGUGCGCCGAGGCUGCCCCCGGCCCGGGCCUGGCAGCCUGGGGCUCUGUACGAGCUGCUGAGCGCCCGGGCGGGCAGGGACUGCGUGGCGGCCCUGGGCUUCACCAUGCACGAGCUCAGCCUGGUCCGUGUGCAGCGCCACUUGCAGCCCCAGCCCGCGGCUGCGCCCCAGCUGGUGGAGGAGCUGUACCUGGGCGACAUCCAUACGGACUGGGCAGAGAGGCAGCAGUACCGGCCCACUGGCUACCAGCACCCCCUGCAGAGUGCCCUGCACCACGCUCGGCCCUGCCUCGCCUGUGGCCUGGUGGCCAGCGCGGACAUGCACCACCCGCCCGCGCUGCCCGCGCAGCCCCGCCUGCCCCUGCGCCUGGACGGCCGUUGGGUCAGCGCGGGCUGCGAGGUGCGGCCAGCGGUCCUGUUCCUCACCCGGCUCUUCGCCUUCCACGGGCCCAGCCGCUCCUGGGAAGGCUACUACCACCACUUCUCCGACCCUGCCUGCCGUCAGCCCACCUUCACCGUGUUCGCGGCCGGCCGCUACGGCAGGGCCACGCCGUCGGCCAGGGUCCACGGCGGCACCGAGCUAAUGUUCGAGGUCACGCGGGCACACGUGACGCCCAUGGACCAGGUCACCACGGCCAUGCUCAACUUCUCCGAGCCAAGCAGCUGCGGGGGCCCAGGGGUUUGGUCCGUGGGCACUGAGCGGGACGUAACUGCCACCAACAGGUGCCUGCCAUUGGGCAUCCGGCUCCCGCACGUGGAGUACGAGCUUUUCAAGAUGGAGAGAGACGCCCUGGGGCAGAACCUGCUCUUCAUCGGACAAAGGCCCACCGAUGGGUCCAGCCCCGACACCCCAGAGAAGCGCCCCACCUCCUACCAAGCGCCCCUGGUGCUCUGUGGUGGGGAAGCGCGCGACUCCCUGGGGCCCCCGCAGCACAGCCCCGCACCGCGGAAGCCCCCAGGUGGCGGGGGCCCGGGCCUUCGAGUGGCCCUUCUGCCCCUCUUGCCCCUUAUUCUCAGGGCAGCCUUCCUCCAGUGGCUGUGA